UCCGCCGUUACGAGAGGAUAAGAAAAGCAGUCCUCCAUCCCCCCUUUCUUCCCACUCUCUCCCAUAUUUCAUCUUCAGACCAUAAUUCAGUCGGAAAACAGCAGUAUCUAUCAACAAUGGCGCAGGCACUAGCUACGCCAGUGCUCCCUUCACUCUCCCUAAUCUCCAACCCCAUCUCUAACUCCGCCAAGACCUCCCUCUCCUUCCCACUAACCACAACUCUCCCCAAGAUUGGUGGGCUUAGCAUCAAAUGCGCGCGUGUUGGUGGGGUUGAGAUACCCAACAACAAGAGGGUAGAGUAUUCUUUGCAGUACAUUCAUGGAAUCGGGCGCACUGCCGCUAGGCAAAUACUAAACGACCUCGGCUUUGAGAAUAAGAUAACAAAAGAUUUCUCUGAGGAAGAGCUCACCACUCUGCGUGAGGAGGUUUCUAAGUAUAUGAUUGAAGGAGAUCUCAGGAGGUUCAAUGCUCUCGCCAUUAGACGGCUGAAGGAGAUACAAUGCUACAGAGGUGUUAGACACAUUCAGGGGUUGCCUUGUCGUGGACAGAGGACUAAGAACAAUUGCAGGACCUUAAAGGGCAAGAGGGUUGCCAUACCAGGCAAAAAGAAGAAGUGAAACUUGGCUGCGUUUCUGUGACUGUAAUUUAUAAAUGCAAGAUUAUGCAUUGGAUCUGAUUUUUUGUAGUCAAAGGUAUCUAUUCUAAAUCAUAUUGGAUUUCCAUUCAGUUUUCUGUCUCUGAAUUUGCAUUUGCUAUGUUCGGAACCAAAAACCUGCUCGAUUUGUAUGUCUGGUCUGGUGUACAAUUAUGCGAUGCAGAAGUAAUUAGAUGGAAACUGCGGGCUGGAUAAUUUGUUUCAAGUUUCUUUACUGAAGUUUUGGAUGGCUGUA